ACCUCCCCUAGCCUUUAUCAUCACUCAUUUAUGACAUUUAAGCAUAAUAUUAAGAAAGAAAGAGAGAGUUGUGACAACGGUUAUUCGUCCCGUAAACACAUACACACAUUAUAGAUAAAUAUACAAAUAAUUUCUGAAUUGUAAAUACUUCUUUUUCUCUUAUGAUGAAUAAACUUUAUACAUAUGAAUAUAAUAAGUGAACUCUGAGGUGUUGACUAGUACACUUUCUGUCUUUUUAAUAAUCAUAUAUAUGUGGAUAAAUUGAAGGAAUAAUGUUCAACAGUACCUUAAAUCAUCAUAAUCAUCAAUCGACAAUGUUAAUUGAAAAACGUAAAACACAACAAUAUUGGAUUAAACGAUUGAAUCAUUAUUUACGCUGUUUAGAUUAUCGUAUUGGUGAUUAUUUACGAUUACGUGGAAAUUUACAGAAAACUAUUUCAUCUAAUAAUAAUAAUACUAAUUGUCUAUCUGAUGGUUUCAUCUCAUCUUCAUCAACCGUAACAAAAUUGAAAUCAGAACAAUUCUAUACUAUGGAAAACUUAUUUUUCAAAUAUCAUUCCAUAUAUUGUCAUUCUGGUAAUAAUUAUCAAGAUAGAAAGUGUACACUACACCGAAAAACAAGAAUGAAACCUUAUUUACUUCAUUCAAAAGUUAACUUACUUCAUCAUGAAGAGGUUAAUGAUGAUAGAAGAAGAAGGAGAAAGAGAUGGCAACUACAAGAUGAUAAUUAUUGUGAACAGAAUGAUCAAAUUGAACAGCAAUCAAUAAAUGUAAAGGAACACUUUGAGGAGUUUGUUAAAAAUGCAACUAAUAAAGAUAUAAAUGAAUCAAAUUGGCAUGUCUUCACUCUUAACAAUAAAGAACUUUUGAAAAGUGGAAUGGAUCAUGAAGGAAAGGCUGAUGGUGUUGAUGAAGGCGACUGUAUGAAACAUGGUACUCAAGAUGAAGAAAGUAUCCAGUUAUCCAAACAUUUUAAUAGUCUUCAACGACAAGAAGACGGUGAAGAUAGAGAAAGAAAUGACGUAGAGUCAAACAGUAGUUCAGUUGACUUGGCGUAUGAAAAUAUGAAAAGUCUACUCCUCAAUGGUAUAUCACAUGACAGUGGACUAGGUAAUUCAGGUCAGGCAGCUAAUAAUCUAACAGAUAUUGAAGCCACCAAUAAAGAUACUACUUAUAAAGCCGUUGGAAGUAGUACUACUAGUAGUAAUGAUGUCCAGCGUCAAGGGCCUGUUAGCGAUUAUGCUUUAGAUUUAACUGUAAACAAGAUAAUAAGUGAUAAUCUCAAUAAUAAGACGUUAUUUCCCUCAACAUCAUCUCAAGGAACCCUCAGUCAUCCUAGAAGUGAGAGUAACAGACAACAAAUCAUUCAUGAUCAAUUUUAUCAUUAUCUUAAGAGUAUAUCAAUGAACUAUUUGCUUCAGGAUCACUCUAAUUCUGUCUCAUCGUCCGUACAUCAUCCUAAUGUGCCGUUAAAUACCACUAGUACCAUGGAAACAUCUGCAACCAUGACUACAGCUAUCAAUGCAGAGCUUCCACCUUCAUUUUAUUCAAAUACUGCAAUAAAUGAACUCAGUGAAUUGUCAAAAAAUAGCUUAAUUACAACCAAUACUGGGCAUAGCCUUCAUCCUGACUUUCAUACCUCAUCCUUAUAUCCAUAUCAGCAUUUUCAAGCUUCACAUCAGCCGACAUCAGCUUCUUCAGUGGAUUUAUUUACAGCUGCAGCAUAUGCAGCUGCUAUUGUACAACCAUUCUAUCAGCAAACUGUCACUAAGAAUACCAAUGAUAUAAUUGCUCCAUUGUCAACACUUUCUCUCCCUGUACCGAUUAAUGAUAACAAUAGUUUUUCAAUGAAUUCAUCCUUCUAUCCAUCCCACCAAUUAAAUAAACCAAAUAUCAUUAGUAGUGGGAGUGGUGGGGAAGUUAAUCAGUCAUUGAAUCAAUUCCCACCUUUUAUACAAUCAGCAGUGAUGACAAUGAUGAAGAAUACGAGACUGGCAUAUUCAGAGGAUGACAGAUGUUCAUCAAUCACAUAUCCUUCAUUUCCACAAACACUUUUAUCAAUUUUCAAUAAUUCAAGUUGUAAUUGGCCACCAAAGUCAUCUACACCUGUACCAAAUGAUUUAACAACUAAUAGUCAUAAUAAUAAUAACAAUAGUGAUAAUAAUGGUAUACAGUAUAAGCUUCAGUUACGCAAUUCUAUUCCUACAACAGCAACCAUUACAACGUCGUCAUAUCACCACAAUUAUCGUCAUCAUAUUCCCCAGUCAGCAGUUAUCAAUGAUGAAGAUUAUCUAAUGAAUGAAGAGAAUGUAGAUGAAAUACCUCUAGAGUGUUCACCUUCUAGGAAUAUAUCAUCACCUCCACCUCAACAGAUGUUAAAUAAUUUCAAUGAAUGUAUGGAUUCCAAUAACAAGGUUACUGAACAUUCCUCACUUUCUCAUCAACAACAACAACAGACACAAUCAAAUGGUUCAUCAUCACGACCACCACGUUCAUCUGAAGAUUAUUUAGAACAAUUCAUGAAAAUUGAUCAAUCACAAAAUAUUCUUUGGCGUCAACUAGCUGAUCGUUUUCAGCGUACACUUGGUCCAAAUCAGUGCGGUGUUUGUAAUAAGGUGUUAAGUUGUCGAAGUGCAUUAACAAUGCAUUAUCGUGUUCAUACCGAAGAACGUCCUUUUGUAUGCAUAAUAUGUGAUAAACGAUUUUCAACUAAAGGCAAUUUGAAAACACAUUUAGGACAACAUCAUGAAACAAUUGAGGCUUAUCGAACAGCAGUAGCUAUAGCAAUGGCAACAGGUAGUGCAUUGCCUCGACCUCCACCAAUGUCAUCAUCUACUACAAUUUCACCAACAAAUCCUAUCUCUAUACCAACUAUUAUAACUUGUGAGACAAUAACCAAUCAAAUUCCAAUUUCAUCAUCCUCAUCAACAUCUUCAACUAAUUCAUCAUUAUCAUCUCCAAAAUCACAAUCAAACUAUCCAGAUUACUUUAAAUUAGUUAACAAUUUAGAAACAUCAACAAAUGUAUUCAAUCAAAACAUAUUUCAAUUACCAUGGUUAUCAUCCAGUGGUUCAUUGUCUAUAGUUAAUUCAAACUCACCAAUAUUUAGUUCACAAUCAAAACUAGACUGUAAUUCAUUCAAUUUACGAUUAACUGAUAGAGGGAAAGAAAACUACAAACUUUAUGAGAAUGAUCUAUCGAAUGUAAACCGAUUUUCACAGAAUUAUAAUGAAUUUACUAGCCUUGACCAAUCAGAAGUGACGAAAAUUUCCACCAAUCACAGUGUAGUUCACACGACUCAUAACAUUGAUUCAAACAGUAAUAAUAAUAAUAGUAGUGGUAAUAACAGCAAUACUCACGGUAACAAUGCUGAUGUAGAUAAUGAUGGUGAUGAUGAUGAUGAAUCUGUACUAUCUGAUAUGAAACAAUAUUUUUCAGGUAAGGAACAAUCACCAGCAUCUCUUUUGAAUGGUUAUAACACACUAUCGUUGUUCACUGAAGCGAAGACAUCAAUUCCUUCUAUAAAUCCUUUAACCAAUACAAUCACUUCAACAUAUCCACGUGUAUCAUCCUCAUCUUCAGUGUUUCCUUCAUCCAUUAUAAAUGAUGUAGCAGUAAUCAAGAAAAACUUAUCUCUUGAUUGUACAUCAAAUAAAUUUUUAUCAGUUUCGCAUUGUUUAUAAAUCACUUACACCACCGUUUGUUUUGUUUUCCGGCUAUUUUUUUUUAUAUUUUGCGCUUUCUUUUUUUUUUGUCUACACCUAUAUGAAGUUGGUCUUUUUAGCUAAAAGAAUAUUUGCCUCGCCCCCCCCCCCUCCACCUUUCUCUUAAGGUGUGUAUGACUUUUACAUUCGUGUAGAUAAAUCUUAUUUUUCGUAUAAAUACAUUUCAUUGUAAUAAAAAAUUUAUUUAGGUAUACAAACCGAAGUAUGAUUUUAUUGUUUCAGUCAGUCAGUCCCCCCUCCCCCCCCGUUUUUUUCUGCUUAUUAUCCACCCACUCAUUUACCGAAUUAUUGAAUGCGUAAAUACUCACGUGAAAAAAAAGGAUGUGAAGAAUUUCAUCCCUUAACUCCCCCUAUGCAUCAUAUAUAGAAUAUUAUAAACAAUAUUCAAUAGUACAUUGAACAAUUAUUAAUUUAUUUAUUUUUGUUGUUGUUGUUGUAGUAAUUGUUUAUAUUUAUUACAUUCCUACACUAUUAAACAUUGAAGAUGUAUGCAAAAGAGUGAAUAAAACAAUUUGCUAAAUU